AUGGAUGCUCCAAUGUACUUCUUCCUCGGCCACCUGUCUUUAAAUGACUUACUUCUGUCUACGACCAUUGAACCUGAAAUGCUCCAGAUCAUAUUGAGAGAAGGAACUGCUAUGUCCAAGCCCGGCUGCUUCACCCAAUUAUACUUUUUCUGUGUGCCCACUGCUAAUGAGUGUUUACUCCUCACUGUGAUGUCAUACGACCGAUAUUUAGCUGUCUGUUGCCCAUUGCGUUAUUCCUCCAUCAUGGACGUUAAACUCUGUAUUCUUCUAGCAACCUUAUCUUGGGAAUGUGCAAUACUUAUAGCUUUACCACAUAUUAUUAUUUUACACGCGAUGACAUUUUGUGGGUCAAAUAUAAUUAACCAUUUUUAUUGUGACCUCAUUCCACUUCUCAAACUUUCUUGUUCAGACACGUCGGCCAAUGAAGAAAUAAUUACUAUAGGUUCUAUCCCAAUGGUAUUUGUUCCAUUUAGUUUUAUCUCCAUAACGUAUUUUAACAUCAUUGUGGCCAUCCUCCGGAUCUCUACCUCAUCUGGGAGAGAGAAAGCCUUCUCCACCUGUAGCUCUCACCUAACUUCAGUCUGUAUGUAUUAUGGGACAUUAGUGUUUAACUACCUGAUUCCGUCUAAAGGACAAUAUAUUGGAUUGCAAAAAAUGAUUUCUGUGUGUUACACGGUUGUGAUCCCAUUGUUGAACCCUGUUAUAUACAGUCUAAGAAAUGAAGAGAUUACAAGGGCAUUAACGAGAUUUUACUUUCAACUAAUUUCAAGUACUUUUUUUGUAUCGUAUACGUCUUAA